AUGCGAGGCGUCGUGUUCGUGGCCGCGCUCGUCGCGUCCGUGGCGGCCGACUGCGCGUCGCUCAAGGCCGCGUACACGCAGACCGCUGCGACGUGCCAGGCGGCGAUCGCGCCCAAGAACAUCACGCUCGGCAUGGGCGCGCAGUUCUGCAACGAAACGACGUGCGCCGCGGCCGUCACGAGCGCCGCGGCAUGGAAGGCCGGAAGCUGCGCGGGCACAGCCGACGCUAUCAACAACGGCGUGUACCCUACGUCGUACUGCACGGAUUCGUGCCAGAAGCAGCUCUCGGCGUAUGGGAAGCGGUCGACCGACUGUACCGCUGCGAACACGACGUUCGAGAUCAGCAGCUGCACACAGUGCGCCAACAUCUUUGCAGCUCACCCGAACUUUCAGCAAGUUUGCGGCAUCAACUUCCAGAACGCCGACGACUACAUCAACCAGUUCCUCGCACAGUAUGCGAGCUCGAUCGCGUACUGCAAGGUGCAGUUUCCGAGCGUGGUUUUUCCGUCGCCGCCGCAGCCGGCGUCAUCCGGCUCGACAACGACGUACAUUGGCAUUGGCGCUGGUGUCGUCGUCUUGAUCCUUCUUAUUGUGGCCUUUAUCGUCUACCGUCGCCGACAGAAGGCGGCAAGCAAGUCGAGUAACCACACGGGCACGGGUUACUACUCGAACAAUGCGUCGUCGCAGUUCACGCACCCCAACGCGACCAACGGCGGCGCGGUUGCCGACGACAUUCGCUUCGACAUGGACCUUGCGCGCUUCCGCGUGCCCCAGCAGGAGAUCCAAAACAUUCAGCUGCUUGUCAAGGGUGGGUACGGCGUCGUCUUCAAGGCGACGCUGCACGGCACAGACGUGGCCAUGAAGCAGCUUUUGCCGUCCAAGGCCAAGGACCACAACGCGAUCCAGGAAUUCAUGAAUGAGAUUCGCCUCUGCGCGCGCCUCGAGCACCCCAAGAUCGUCAAGUUUGUCGGUAUCUCGUGGUCGACGCUUCACGACCUCGCGGUCCUCUCCGAGUUCAUGCCGCACGGCGACGUCACGGACCUUCUCAAGGCGGAACGCAAGCGCCCGAAGAAGGAGCGUGUCUUCCACUGGCUUCCCUCGGGCGCGCACGCGACGACCAAGACGGCUGUGGCCGCCGACGUCGCGGACGCACUCUGCUUCUUGCACUCGUUCCAGCCGACGAUCAUCCACCGCGAUCUCAAAUCCAAGAACGUGCUUCUCAGCGCUACGUGGGAGGCCAAGCUCAGCGACUUUGGCAUCUCGCGCGUCACGAGCAACGAGGAGACGAUGACGUCCAACAUUGGCACGGUCGCGUGGAUCGCGCCCGAGGUCCUGACGGGCGGCCACUACUCGGAGAAGGCCGACAUUUACAGUUUUGGCGUCUUCCUCUCCGAGAUGGACACUCUCGAGUCGCCGUACUCGAACCUCACCGAGCAGAACCAGGGCCAGGGUUUCUCGAACGCGCGCAUUGCCAUGAUGGUCAGCGAAGGCGCGCUGAAGCCGUCGUUCACGGACAACAUCCCGGGGCCGCUCCUUGCGCUCGCGAUGCGCUGCUUGGCGUUCUACGACAUUGAGCGGCCGUCGGCGCGUGUUGUCGCGGACGAGCUGCGUCGGAUCAUGGGCUAG